AUGUUGUCUCGUGGGGGUUAUGAAUAUUUAGAACAGAAGCUGAUGGUUGAGAAAACAAAGAAAAAACUGGAGGAAGCUACUCAGUUCGGAAGCACUGAGGGUGUCAUUGACCCUCCAUCUCCCAUAAGACGACAUGAGAAGUGGAAGAUGGCUCGCACCAAGAAAACUGGGCAGAUGACGUCUGAGGGACUUGCACUGCCUCUGGAGCCUGAGGUUGGUCCCUCAGCUGCUCGUGUCAACACAAAGGGUAGUUGUGUUGAUCCCUCACCGACCAAUCCAAACAUGGGUGACUCAGACAAAUGCAGGUUGUACAUCGAAGAAAAUCCUUCUUGCCUGGGACAAGACAAUAAGGUGAAGGAUUUUGUGGAUGUUAUGUUAGGCUUUGUUGGUAGCAAGGAAUAUGAAUACCGUAUUGAACAGCCCAACAUCAAUGCUAUAUUGCUAGAUAUGCUAUUGGGUUCAAUGGAUACUUCGGCUACAGCAAUUGAGUGGACACUUUCAGAGCUCCUAAAGAAUCCACGGGUGAUGAAGAAAGUCCAAAUGGAGUUGGAAACUAUGGUGGGUAUGCAGAGGAAGGUGAAGGAAUCAGACUUGGACAAGUUGGAGUAUUUGGAUAUGGUUAUAAAGGAAAAGAUGAGGCUCCAUCCAGUGGCACCGUUACUAAUGCCACACCAAUCGAGGGAAGAUUGCAUGGUUGGAGACUUUUUCAUACCAAGAAAAUCAAGGGUGGUAGUAAAUGCAUGGGCAAUUAUGAGAGACUCAAGUGCAUGGAGUGAGGCAGAAAAGUUCUGGCCAGAGAGAUUUUUUUUUCUGAAAUAA